UCCUCGCCACCAUGGAGACGACGCGGGUGGUGCUGGUAGCGACGUGUGCGCUACUCUGUGCUGUGUGUGUCACCUCUCAAGGCUACUCUCUCCCAGUACCUACAUCACAUCUCUCCUCGAGAGGUGGUGACCACGGCGAUAACUACGACGACCUGGAUGAUAGCUACGCCUUCAGAUACGACGUAAAAGACGAUUAUUCCGGUAAUAACUAUGGUCACUAUGAGAACCGGGAUGACAGUUCGACUCAGGGCGAGUAUUACAUCUACCUGCCGGAUGGUCGCCGCCAGCAGGUCAGCUACGUGGUGGCCGGAGACUCCGGCUACGUGGCACAGGUCAAGUACGAGGGUGAGGCUGACAGCUACAGCUAUAGCACUCAGACCCAUGGAUCCUUGAGUGGUGGGAGAGUGGCGAGUGGGAAACUGCGGGCCUCAGCGCGCAAGUCUGCAGCAGAUGAAGCUGGAGUCAGCUUUGGCUCGGGAGCUGGAGCUGGCUUCGGUGCAGGAGCUGGAGUUGGAUCAGGAUCUGCCUUUGGUGCAGGAGCUGGAGCUGGCUUCGGUGCAGGAGCUGGAGCUGGAUCAGGAGCUGGCGUUGGUGCAGGAGCAGGAGCUGGCUUUGGUGCAGGAGCUGGAGCUGGCUUCGGUGCAGGAGUUGGAUCAGGAGCUGGCUUCGGUGCAGGAGCUGGAUCAGGAGCUGGCUUCGGUGCAGGAGCUGGAUCAGGAGCUGGCUUCGGUGCAGGAGCUGGAGCUGGAUCAGGAGCUGGCUUCGGUGCAGGAGCUGGAGCUGGAUCAGGAGCUGGCUUCGGUGCAGGAGCUGGAUCAGGAGCUGGCUUCGGUGCUGGAUCAGGAGCUGGCUUUGGUGCAGGAGCUGGAGCUGGAUCAGGAGCUGGCUUCGGUGCAGGAGCUGGAUCAGGAGCUGGCUUCGGUGCUGGAUCAGGAGCUGGCUUUGGUGCAGGAGCUGGAGCUGGAUCAGGAGCUGGCUUCGGUGCAGGAGCUGGAUCAGGAGCUGGCUUCGGUGCAGGAGCUGGAUCAGGAGCUGGCUUUGGUGCAGGAGCUGGAGCUGGAUCAGGAGCUGGCUUCGGUGCAGGAGCUGGAUCAGGAGCUGGCUUCGGUGCAGGAGCUGGAUCAGGAGCUGGCUUUGGUGCAGGAGCUGGAGCUGGAUCAGGAGCUGGUUUCGGUGCAGGAGCUGGAUCAGGAGCUGGCUUCGGUGCUGGAUCAGGAGCUGGCCUUGGUGCAGGAGCUGGAGCUGGAUCAGGAGCUGGCUUCGGUGCAGGAGCUGGAUCAGGAGCUGGCUUCAGUGCAGGAGCUGGAUCAGGAGCUGGCUUCAGUGCAGGAGCUGGAUCAGGAGCUGGCUUUGGUGCUGGAACUGGAUCAGGAGCUGGCUUUGGUGCAGGAGCUGGCUUCGGUGCAGGAGCUGGAUCAGGAGCUGGCUUUGGUGCAGGAGCUGGAGCUGGAUCGGGAGCUGGCUUCGGUGCAGGAGCUGGAUCAGGAGCUGGCAUUGGUGCAGGAGCUGGAGCUGGAUCAGGAGCUGGCUUUGGUGCAGGAGCUGGAACUGGAUCAGGAGCCGGCUUUGGUGCAGGAACUGGAUCAGGAGCUGGCUUCGGUGCAGGAGCUGGAUCAGGAGCUGGCUUCAGUGCAGGAGCUGGAUCAGGAGCUGGCUUCAGUGCAGGAGCUGGAUCAGGAGCUGGCAUUGGUGCAGGAGCUGGAGCUGGAUCAGGAGCUGGCUUUGGUGCAGGAGCUGGAACUGGAUCAGGAGCUGGCUUUGGUGCAGGAGCUGGAUCAGGAGCUGGCUUCGGUGCAGGAGCUGGAUCAGGAGCUGGCUUCGGUGCAGGAGCUGGAUCGGGAGCUGGCUUUGGUGCAGGAGCUGGAUCAGGAGCUGCCUUCGGUGCAGGAGCUGGAUCAGGAGCUGGCUUCGGUACAGGAGCUGGAUCAGGAGCUGCCUUCGGUGCAGGAGCUGGAUCAGGAGGUGGCUUCGGUGCAGGAGCUGGAUCAGGAGCUGCCUUCGGUGCAGGACCUGGAUCAGGAGCUGGCUUCGGUGCAGGAGCUGGAUCAGGAGCUGCCUUUGGUGCUGGAGCUGGAUCAGGAGCUGGCUUCGGUGCAGGAGCUGGAUCAGGAGCUGCCUUCGGUGCAGGAGCUGGAUCAGGAGCUGGAUCAGGCACUGCCUUCGGUGUUGGAGCUGGAUCAGGAGCUGGCUUCGGUGCAGGAGCUGGAUCAGGAGGUGGCUUCGGUGCAGGAGCUGGAUCAGGAGCUGCCUUCGGUGCAGGACCUGGAUCAGGAGCUGGCUUCGGUGCAGGAGCUGGAUCAGGAGCUGCCUUCGGUGCAGGAGCUGGAUCAGGAGCUGGCUUCGGUGCAGAAGCUGGAUCAGGAGCUGGCUUCGGUGCAGGAGCUGGAUCAGGAGCUGGCAUUGGUGCAGGAGCUGGAGCUGGCUUCGGUGCAGGAGCUGGAUCAGGAGCUGGCUUCGGUGCAGGAGCUGGUUUUGGUGCAGGAGCUGGAUCAGGAGCUGGCUUCGGUGCUGGAGCAGGAAGUGGAUCAGGAGCUGGCUUCGGUGCAGGAGCAGGAGCUGGCUUCGGUGCAGGUGCAGGAGCAGGAGCUGGCUUUGAUUCAGAUGUUGGAACAGGAGCUGGAAGUGUCUUUAGUGCAGGUGUUGGAACAGGAGCUGGAACUAGCUUCAGUGCAGGUGUUGGAACAGGAGCUGGAACUGGCUUCAGUGCAGGUGUUGGAACAGGAGCUGGAACUGGCUUCGGUGCAGGUGUUGGAACAGGAGCUGGCUUCGGUGCAGGUGUUGGAACUGGAACUGGCUUCGGUGCAGGUGUUGAAACUGGUGGAACUGGCUUCAGUGCAGAUGUUGGAACAGGAGCUGGCUUUGGUGCAGGUGUUGGAACUGGAACUGGCUUCAGUGCAGGUGUUGAAACUGGAACUGGCUUCGGUGCAGGUGUUGGAACAGGAGCUGGCUUCGGUGCAGGUGUUGGAACUGGAACUGGCUUCGGUGCAGGUGUUGGAACAGGAGCAAGAGCUGACUUUGGUGCAGGAACUGGAGCAGGAGCUGGCUUUGGUGCAGGUGUUGGAACAGGAGCUGGAGCAGGUGUUGGCAUUGGCUCUGGAGCAGGAACUGGCUUUAUAUCAGGAGCAGGGACAGGCUUUGGUGUAGGAUCAAGAUCUGGCUCUGGCUUAGCAGCAAGUGUCAGCCUAGGAGCAGGAGGCAGCAGUGGCAGCGUUGAAUCAAGGACAAGCACUGACUUCACCUCGGAAACAGCAGCAGGUUUUGACAGGGGAACAAGCGCCAGCUUUAUUUCAGAAGGAGCAGGCUUUGACACGGGAACAAGCUCUACCUUCACUUCAGGAGCGAGCUUUGAAGGAACGAGUGCUGGCUUCACCUCAGGAGCGGGCAUUGAUGAAGGAACAAGCACCGGAGGCAGUGCUUCUUUCACUUCAGAAAGCGAUGGAUUUGCUUCUUCAGGCGGAGUUGAAGAAAUUAGCAGUGGAGGUAUACAAGCACAGGCUUUAACAGGUGAAGGUGAAGAUAGUGGUGAUCAUGGUGAUUCUGAUGGAGAAAGUGAAUUUAACGAAGAUGAAGAAGGUGGAGAGCAGGAAUCGACAGAUGGAUUUGGCAGUGCUGACUCAGAGGGCAUUAGUGAGGAACAUGCAGAGGGAGUGAGUGGUGACAAUGGUGGCUUUACAGAUAGUCAAGCAGGUGGCUUUGCUACAGGGGCUGGAGGGGACUUUGGUGGUCAGUCAGAAGGUGGAGGAGAUUUUGCAGUAAGCCAGACAAGUGGUGCUGGAAGCUUUGGCACAAGUGAAGGUGGCUUUGGUGAUGGUCACACAGGUGAAGGUGGUUUUGGUGGUCAGACAGGAGGUGGUGGUGGUGGUGGUGGUUUUGAUGCUGGUCAAACAGGAGGGGAAGGUGGUUUUGGUAUAAGUCAGACUGGAAGUGGAAAUGGCUUUGCUGUUAGCCAGAGAGGAGGAGGAGGAGGAGGUGGAUCUGUUGUUCAAACACAAGACAGGGGAGUUAGCUUUAGUGUCGGUCAAGCAGGAGGGGCUGGCUUUGGUGUUACUGGGAUAAGUGGAGCCGGUGGCUCUGGCCUUUCUAUUGGCCACAUAGGUAGGGGUGGCAUUUCCACAAGUCACACUGGUAGUACGGGUGAAUUUGGUACCCAGCAGACUGGAAGUGUUUUCAGUUCUAGUUCAGCCAGUGGAGGAGGCUUCAGUACUACUACAGCUAGUCCGAUAGUAACUUCAGGCAGCAGGUUUACAUCCGGUGGAAGUGGAAGCUCCAUCAUCACUGCAGUUCCUGCAUCCAGUGCUUUUAUUUCAACUUCUGCUCCUUCAAAGAAUGUGGCAAGCCAUGCUAGUCAAACAGGAUUCAGUGGUCAAACAGCAAGUGGAUUUUCAGCUGGUCAAGUAGGUGGAGGAAGUGUGGGUAUUAGUGGAAUCAGCAGCAGGACAAGAGGAGGCUUCUCUGUCGGGUCAACUUCUGCUCCUGUUGUAAGCGCUCUAAUAUCAACUCCUGCACCUGCUUUCAGCACUGUACAGCAGCUAAGCAAGGGAGAAUUUGGACAGUCAGCAAGUGGUUUUAGUGGCAGUACAACUGUAAGAACUGGUGGCAGCAGUGCUAUUAGUAAAGCAAGUGGAAUUUCUAUAAGUCAUAGCGGUGGUACUGGUGAAUUUGGUGCUCAGCAGGCUGGAGGUAGCUUCAGUUCUGGUUUUGCCUCAACCAGUGGAGGCGGCUUCAGCUCUACUACUACUGCUAAGCCACUUGUAAGCUCUGGAGGAGGAUUCAUAUCUGGUGGAAGUGGAAGCUCAGUUAUCACUGCAGUUCCUGUGACCAGUGCCUUCGUUUCGUCGACUACUGCCCCUGUCAAGAGUGUAGGAAGCAGCACAAGACUAAGUGGUGGACAGUCAGUAGGAUUCGGAGGUAAAGCAGCAGGUGGAUUUUCAGUUGGUGGUAGUGGAUUAGCAGGUGGAAGUGUGGGUGUCAGUGGAUUCAAUGCAAAGGCAAGAGGUGGAGGAUUCUCUGCUGGGUCAAGUGCCAGUGGCUUUGCAGCAGGUAUUGGUGGAGGAACUGUUAAUGCUGUCACUCCUGCUACUCUCACACGUGCUCUGGUUUCAACUUCUGCACCCUCUUUUAACACUAUACAGCAGACAAGUAAAGGCAAAUUUGAACAGUCACGGAGUGGCUUUAGUGGCAGCACUGCAGGAACAAUAAUCAAUGCUGCUACAGUCACGCCAAUCAUUAGCUCAGCUGGGGCAAGUUCAAGUGGUGGGUUUUUAACUAGUGGACUUUCUGCUGGGGUCACCAGUGCUACCCCAGUGGCCAGUGCUCGCUUUGUCACCCCUGCUCCUGCAGUUACUGUGGGAAGUCUCUCAACUCAAUCAGGAUUCAAUGGUGGACUUGCUCAAGCUGGUGGAUUUUCAGCUGGGAGCAGAUUCAGUAGCAAAAGUGGUGCUGGAUUUCGUGGCAGGAAUGUAGAUGCCAAUGAACUUGUUGUUCAACAAGUUGGAAAAAGUGGAUUUGUUGGUAGUUCAGGGUCUGGAGUUGUGAGUGUUAGUCCUGUCACCAGUGCUAUUGUUUCAUCAGGACCCAUAUUGACUCUAGGUAGCCAUGGGGGUCAAGCAGGAUUUGGUGGAGGUCAAUUUACAUCUGGAGGAUUCAGUCAGUCAGGAUUCAGUAGUGGAUUUGCUGGUCAGGCUUCCAGUUUUGAUGGCAGGAAAAGCAGCCGAACUUUGUCAGGUCCCAAAAUUCAUGUGAAUCAGGGCGAACCCAUAAUUGCUGCUACGGUAAGAACGGUAGAUGCCUCUCCAGCAAAUGUAUUGAGUACUCUUGUUAAUGCUUCGCGGAAUAAAGUCCAGAUUGCCCCGGCUAGUCAAGUAAUAUCUCUGGGAUCACUUUCUGGAAAAACCAAAAAGAUUUAAUGAUAUAAAACACACGAGCCUGUGAUGCUCUUUUGUAAAGUUUGUCUAUGUUCCACACAUCCAUAUGCAAUCAUGUGCAGCUCAUAUGAAUCAGAAGUCUUACAUGAACAAAAAUUCACAUCUAGUCAAAUACUGUAUUUGCUGCAUUUUGUGUAUGCACAAAUCUUUAGUGUUCAGUUUCAUCUUAAUUUACUGCUGCCCAUUCUAAAACAAAGCUUUGGUCCUGUCAUAACCUGUACUGGGAGCUAGACACAAACAGGUCUUGGUUGCCAGCAAGAUAUCAAAAUUCUAUAUAAUUAUAUUCAACUUAUAAUCAUGGGGAAGCACUAAACCCAUAGGAUUAUACAGUGCCUGUGGGGAGGGGAUGGAAGGUAUUCAGGCUUAAUUCAGGGAACUGGAGCAGAUCCAAUUCCCUAGAUCAAGAGCCCCUCACCAGCAUCAAGUAGUCUCCCUCAAGGUUCAAAGUACCUAGAAAAAGCAAUACAUAAUAAGGUUUGAUCCAAAGGUGAAGGUAACUAAGAGCCCUUAAUGAGCAUCAACAUACUUUACCUUGAAGGAUCAAAUUAUAAGUUCAUGCUUAUUUUUAUCUUAGCAAAAUUGGUUACAUUAGUAAUGUGCCGUUACCUUAUUACAUUUUAAGUGCUAAACCCAUAAGGAUUAUUAUAAUAAUCAAAGCAUUAAACAACCAUAAGGUAUGUUAUUAUAAUCAAUUAUUAUUAUUACAAUCAAAAGGAAGCGCUAAGCCACAUAUUAUAGUCAAAAAAGUACUAAACCUAUAAGGGUCAUACAGCCCUAUAAGGUAUGACAUUAGGUUAAAUUGUAAUCAAAUUAUAAACAGAUUAAAAAUUAAACUAUUCCCUUAGCAAAAAUCAAUCUUACAUUGUUGGUAUACAGUCCUAAAGCAAAGAGCACCAGUCUUAAAAGAAAAGUUAUGAAAAGCAUACUUAAUACUUUAAUUCAAAAAAUAGUUCUUAGUGUGUGCAUAAACACCUGUACCCACAUCUGAACACUUUCUAUCAUGAAGGUGAAAAUCCUAUGGAAGACUGUGAUCCAAGGAAUUCGAGUUACCCUUCACUUCCUUGAAUCAAACCCAAUUACUUCCCAUUCCCCCAGACAGUGAAUGACCCCAAGAGCUUCACACUUCCCCAUGAAUAAAGUAAAUGCAGCAUUGCUUUCUUGUAUCCAGAUGCAAUAGUUGGAAUUCCAUUCCAUUCAUAAAUGAUUCAGAGGUUAAAAGUCAGGAGGAACACUUUAGGUUCUAAACUGUUCAUUUUAAAUUACAAUUUUAUUAUAAUCAAGGGAGAAGCACUAAACCCAUAGGAUUAUACAGCACUUGGGGGGGGGGGGAAUGGAAGGUAUUCAGGCUUAAUUCAAAUUACAAUAAAAAGUGCUGAACCCACAAUUUUUUUUUUUUUUUUUAGUUUAGAUUAUAAAAAAAAGCACUAAACUUUUUAAGUUUAGAAUACUUAUAUUGGAAAGAGUUAAACCUGAAGGGUUCUGUAGUGCCUAGAGAAUGGGUAGUUCUAUAAAAUUUCAUCUAAGGAAGAAUGUAGCUAAUUCUGUCAAGAACCUUUUAUCACCACCACUUCCCAUGACAACCUUAACAUCAACCCCUGAUUUUUUUUUUUUCCACUUUCAAAUUUCUUACAUUGUAGUCAAAGGAAUAUCACAAGCUUCAAAAUUUGCAAUAUAAAACUGUGUAAUGCGGAAUUAUUAUAAUAAAAAAGAGGCGCUAAGCCACAAGGACUAUACAGCGCUGCAGGGUAGGGAAGGAAGCGAGGGUAAUCGGGCGGCAGAAGGGGAAAGGGAUGAUUAGUAGGUUACAGAAAACAGCGGGGCAGGGGAUAGUGCAGGGGUAGAGGUUAACAAGAGAUCGAGGUAGAAAGGGCUGAAGGUAUCAUCAGAGUUUGUGGAGCAAGUCAGUUGUCAAAAAGUCAAUGAGAGUAAUGCGUAAAAUUACUCCUUAUAACCUUUCCAUUAUGCAGGAGAGCCUCUAUGUAUUACCAUGUGUAAUUUUGAGUUUAGUUUCUAGUUGUAGUUAUACAUUUUAUCUGCU